AUGGAGGAAAACAUUUGCGAGCAUCACUUUUUAAACAACGUGUCUCAAAAUUCUCAGGGUAGAUAUAUAGUCAAGCUUCCAGUCAGAGAGCAAAUGUUAAAUAACAUUGGCGAUUCGCGUGAGUCUGCUCUCAAGCGAUUGAGCGUCGAGAGACGUUUCAAGCGCGAUCCUAUUCUUAAAAUUCAAUACGCGGCGUUUCUCGAAUAUUUAUCGCUGGGACACAUGCGACGCAUGGAGCCACCCAUUGCAAAAGAAACAAUAUCAUUUUAUCUUCCUCAUCAUUGCAUCUUCAAAAUGAUCAGGCAAGCGUCGAAAAUCCGUAUUGUAUUCGAUGCAUCUUGCCGCAGUAGUUCCGGCGUAUCAUUAAACGAUGCGUUUCUAGUGGGACCUACCAUUCAACAAGAUUUGAUCUCAAUUUUAAUGCGUUUCCGCUUUUUCACUUAUGUCAUCACCGCUGACAUCAUAAAAAUGUAUCGGCAAAUUUUAAUACAUCCCUCUCAGACGUGCCUGCAGAGAAUUCUCUGGCGCAACGAUCUUUCUGCUAAUGUCGAUACGUACGAACUCACUACAGUCACUUACGGUACAGCUUCCGCGUCAUUCUUGACCAUCAGAUGCCUCAAGCAUUUGGCCGAGCAGCACGCUCAUCAAUUCACUCGCGGUUCAGCAUGCGUCCUUCGAGAUUUUUAUGUCGAUGACAUGCUCACCGGAACGGAUACAGUCGACGAAUUAAAACUAAUUCGCGAUGAAACCAUUCAGCUAUUAAAAUUAGGAGCAUUCGAAUUAAGCAAAUGGACCUCAAAUUGCCCUGAAUUAUUAGAAACAGACAAUUAUGAUUAUCGUGCUGGUCAUUAUCAGAGAUAA